AGCCCUUUUGGCACUCAAGUCACCUUAGCAUACUAGUCAAUCGAUUCGGGACCAUUCAUAUGUAGUUUACGGGCAUGGCGAUGCGAUACUUGAUGUGCCUUGUCGUUUUCGGGGCCGGCUUGGUGUGGGAUUGUGCAGGUUCGGUUUGCCAAAAGCCACGCCUCCCUCUUCGAGGUAUCUCCCUACUUCAAGCUCUUUCCAAGAACAAGUCAAGCAAUUCAUCAUUGACCUCGCCAAAUGCUUCCGUUGUGGAUGAUGCCAUGAAUAUUGCAGAGACCGUCGGAAACGUGACCGAGGACAGCCUCUCCAGCUCAGUGAACGAAACCGGUGCCGCAGCACCGAUUCAGAAUCUUAGCGCUCCAACGGUGGGAGUGAAUUAUUCCGACAUAGCAGCCGAUGAGAAGGAGGAGACUCCACCUCAACCACCCUACUCAACAAAAAAUGAUAGCAAAGUAGUGAAGGUGCAUCCCAUUGAUGGAGCAUCACCCCUGCCUGAACCACAGCCACCCAAUAUCACAUCCGAGAUGCGUGACUGUAUCAUGAGCGACUGGAGUUCAUGGUCCGAGUGCCUGACGGAUACGGCAAAUGGCUACGCUGGCUCACAUCAGGUGAGAGACCGAAGCAUCGUUCAGCCUUACCUUCCUGGCGGUCGGCUCUGUGAACCAACGCUAGAAAGUCGGAAUUGCCUGUUGAUCAGCGCAGCCAAUACUCUGGUGAAUUUGGGUGAGUGAGGAAGAUACAGCAAGAAGCUUGGGCCACAUGUGCAGCUCUUGCUCUCAUAAACAAAAUCGAAAGUUGGAUGAUGUGG